GAAAGGCUCCUCCCACGCGGCAGCGGGCGUCCCGGGGCCCCCCCCGGUCCGUGUCCCGCCGCUGAACCCCUCGGGGGAGCCCGGCGUCCCUCCGGGACAGCCCCCCACCGCCUCACGGGGCACGGCCCCUCUGCGGAGAACGGGACCGGGACCGGGAGGAGCGGCCGCAGCGCUUCCCGCCCGCCCGGGAGCGGUUCCGGGUCGCGGAGGCGGGGUCUGCGGCGGCACCGGGGACCAGCGGCGACAUGCGGUUCCGUUUCUGCGGGGACCUGGACUGCCCCGACUGGGUCCUGGCCGAGAUCAGCACCCUGGCCAAAAUCUCCUCGGUAAAGCUGAAGCUGAUCUGCGCCCAGGUGCUGCGGGACCUGCUGGGGGAGGCCAUCGAGUAUGAGAAGAUCCUGAAGCUGACCUCGGAUGCCAAGUUAGAGUCGGGGGACGUGAAGGCGACCAUCGCCGUCCUCGGCUUCAUCCUCUCCAGCGCCGCCAAGCACAACGUGGACAGCGAGUCCCUGUCGAGCGAGCUGCAGCAGCUGGGGCUGCCCAAAGAGCACGCCAGCGGGUUGUGCCGGUCCUACGAGGAGAAGCAGAGCUCCCUGCAGGACAGCCUCCGGGCCUGCAGCCUGAGACUGAACCAGCUGGGCUCGGUGUGCUGGCGGGUGGAUUACACCCUCAGCUCCAGCGAGCUGCGGGAGGUCAAUGAGCCCCUCGUGCACUUGACGUUCAACCUGCGGGACGGGGAGCACGGGAGGACGACGGCCGUCCCCGUGGCCCUCUCGGCCGACAAGUUCCGGGUGCUGCUGGCAGAGCUGAAGCAGGCCCAGGCCCUGAUGAACACCCUUCUCUGAGGAGCUGGAUGGCAGGACAGGACCCAGCGCGCCGCCUGUCUGGGGAGGGGGAGGCCGUGGGGGCCCGCCGGGCCGCCCGUGGUGAAGCCGUGCCCCGGGGGCAGCUCCAAUAAAGGCAGCAGUGCAAAGCCGAGCCGUGUCCCGCCCGUUUC